AUAAAAAAAUAAAAAAAUCAUUUGAACAAUCUUCAAAGGCCAAGUAAGCAAAUACGAAAAAGAAAAAAAAAAAAAAAGUUAAAAAAAAAACCGCAGAGAGAGAGAGAUGGAGGAGAAGAUUUUGAAGUCAAGGUUCAAAAGGGUUUGUGUUUUCUGUGGAAGCAGUUCUGGCAAAAGAAAUUGCUACCGUGAUGCUGCUCUUGAACUCGGCCAAGAGCUGGUUUCAAGGAAGUUAGACCUCGUUUAUGGAGGGGGGAGUAUUGGACUAAUGGGCUUGGUUUCUCAGGAGGUCCAUCGUGGUGGUGGUCAUGUACUCGGAAUCAUCCCCAAAACUCUGAUGCGUAAAGAGAUAACUGGGGAAACAAUAGGAGAGGUCAGAGCAGUAGCAGACAUGCACCAAAGGAAAGCUGAGAUGGCCCGCCAUUCUGACUGUUUCAUUGCUCUUCCAGGUGGCUAUGGAACUUUGGAAGAGUUAUUAGAAGUCAUUACGUGGGCCCAGCUUGGAAUCCACGACAAGCCUGUGGGUUUGCUAAAUGUUGAGGGCUAUUACAAUUGUCUACUCACCUUCAUAGACCAAGCAGUGAACGACGGCUUUAUCUUGCCUUCUCAGCGUAAUAUAAUGGUCUCCGCUUCUAAUGCGCGCGAACUUGUUCAAAAGUUAGAGGAGUACGUUCCAAUGCACGUUGGAGUGGUCGCAAAGGCAAAGUGGGAGGCGGAACAAGUGGAGCUGAAUGCAUCUUUGCAGACAAAUAUUGCUCGUUAAACGGACAAGGCACAACAAAACAAAGUUUAAAAGUGAUCAGCAGCUAGCAGUGGUGGAAUAAUAUGGGUUGCUUUUGUUCAGAAAAAUAUGUGAUUGAGGAUUUCUUCCUUCGCAUAUUUUUGUAUUUUAUAUAUGUAUAUAUGCAAAUUUUUUUUUAUAUAUAUCUUCUACUAGGAAAAUUAGGUGGACUUCCCUUGAUGACGAAAAAAAAAAACAAAGGGGGAGAUUCUGUUGGUGUCAGAUUUGGCCAUAGUCUAAGUCCAAGCGUGUGAUUGUGCCCAAGUCUCAGAUUGAACUCAAAUUUCUAGUCAAACCCAAACAUUCGAUCGGUUAAGCACUGCCGAGCCUAUCAGACUAGAAGCGAAAUCUCUGGGACGUCUUAGGUUCAGCUAGUUUUGAAUCUUUAGACGGGACCGCCUGAAAAAACCGAUUUUGAGCCCGACGCUUGAGCCCACUGGCCCAAAUAUUUCGAGCCGCCUGUCCGAGCCCGAGAAGGUCCAUAGACGAGCCGCGGGCCUGUUUUGAUUGCCCGAGUCCGGUCGGGUAAGCCGAGCCCACCCGAGAAGCAUGAAUAUUAUAUUAUAUAUAAUAUUGUUUCCCACACACACGUCAACGACUAGAUCAAUGCCAAUUGUCCAUCACAGUUUAAGUUAAUAAGCCACACACCCAAAUCCAACCUAUUGUCCCUUAGUAGACAGCUAGCUUUUAAUUUUCAACCACACUUCGACUCUAGUUUUCGAGCUUAGCAGGAGAGUCGGUAAUUAAAAAAUAAAAAAAAAGAAAGAAAAAGGUGAAGAUGGCGCCGAUGACGAUUCGGAAGGUGAUCAGGGCGGUGAAGGACCAGACGAGCAUCGGGAUCGCGAAGGUGGCGAGCAACACGGCGCCGGAGCCGGAGGUGGCGAUCGUGAAGGCAUCGGACAUGCUCUGACACGCGUUGAAACAUGAAAGGCCCACUACGCACGUCUUGGGUAGUAGUGGUGAAGGCCCACAACUAGAGAAGUUGAGAGGGGAAAGGGGUCUAUAAAUAAGUGGAAAGACCUCCAAGAAAGGGGUUACGACGCCUAGGCUUGUAUUUUUAUUUUCAGAGAGUAAUUCAGGGGAGGAGAGCAGUGUAAUUCUGAGUUUUGUGUCAACGUCAUCCUUAUAGUGAAGAACACAGUAGACGUAGCUCUCAUGAACCACUAUA